CCUCUGUCAUGUGACCAAAGGAUGCGGAAGUUUUGACAUGGAAGACUUGUGCAGCUUCUUCAGUCUGUGAUGCGAGGAAAAAACAUCGUCUUGUUUUAAAAUUUAGGGCUCGACUAUCUAAAUGGGCAGGUCCAUGGAGCAACACAACAAUACAGUGGCCCAGGACUACAUCAAGUGCAAAUAGACAACCGGGACCGUGUACGAUGAGUGAAAACAGUGCUGAUGACUCAGAAGUACCACCUGGAGGGCCAGGUCUAUUCUGUGCCACUGAUCCAGCAGGACCUGAGGAGGGAAGAGGCCAUGCACCAGAUCACUGAUGCCCUGCAGUACCUGGAGAACAUCUCCACAGAUAUCUUCAGCAGGGUGUCUCAGAGUGUGGAGAGGAACCGUGCUCACCUUCAGGCCGUCACUGACCGCAUUAAACUAGCCCAAGCACGAGUCCACAAGAUUAAAGGAAGCAAGAAAGCCACCAAGGUGUUUUCCAGUGCUAAAUACCCCGCUCCUGAGAAACUCCAGGAUUAUUCAUCCAUAUUUAUGGGUGCGGUAGAUCCAGCAUCUCAAAAACGACCUCGCUACAAAGUUCAGGGCAAGCUCCGCCCCCUGGAUGACAAGGCCUUACAGGAGAAGCUGAUGUAUUUUCCAGUGUGUGUGAACACUAAGAAGCGCUCAGAGGAUGAGACCGAGGAAGGGCUGGGGAGUCUGCCAAGAAACAUUAGCUCCGUCAGCUCUCUGCUGCUGUUUAACACUACAGAGAACCUGUAUAAGAAGUACGUGUUCCUGGAUCCUCUGGCGGGAGUCGUCACUAAAACUCACAACACACUAGAGACGGAGAAGGAGGAAAAGCCGUUUGACGCGCCGCUGUCUAUCACUAAGCGAGAGCAACUAGAGAGACAGACUGCAGAAAAUUAUUUCUACGUGCCGGACCUGGGGCAAGUGCCCGAGAUCGAUGUGCCCUCGUAUCUGCCCGACCUGCCUGGAAUCGCCGAUGACCUCAUGUACAGCGCUGACCUCGGCCCAGGCUUCGCCCCUUCUGGUGCGGUCAAUGCGGCCAUACCAGAGCUGCCUUCUUUUGGCACAGAACAUGAGGAAGGCUCCCAGUUUCGAUCCGAGGCUCCUCCUCCACCUCCGCCCCCACCUCCUCCACCCCCUCCUCCUGAGUCUCCUCAGGUUACAGCUCCUCCCCCUGGAGCUCCUCCAGCCCCGCCACCUCCCCCUCCACCGCCUCCAGCUGUUCCAGAUGUCACAGGUGGUGGAGGUGUAGCCAGUCAGGCCACAGGUGCAGUAAAAGGAGCCCCUACAGACGUCCUGCAGCCGUCAGAUGGCCGAGCCAACUUGCUCGAGUCUAUUCGUAACGCUGGCGGCAUCGGCAAAGCCAAACUGCGCAACGUUAAAGAGCGAAAGAUGGAGAAGAAGAAACAGAAGGAACAGGAGCAAGUUGGAGCAGCAGCCAGUGGAGGAGACUUCAUGUCUGAUCUGUUUAAUAAACUGGCCAUGCGGAGGAAAGGCAUCUCGGGUAAAGUCCCAGGAGGGGGAGACUCCGCAGAACCGCCCGGGAGCUCCGGUAGCGCUUUCGCCAGAAUGUCGGACGUGAUCCCGCCCCUUCCUGCUCCCCAACAGCCAACCGCAGAGGAUGACGAUGACUGGGAGGCGUAGCCAAGACAGACCAUUUAUGAAUGACUCUUUAAGAACUGAAAGCACAGAUGGACCUUUCUGAAACCAUGGCAGCGCAACAGACGCGGAUUGGACAAGGUCACGUUAAAAUAAGUUCCGAGCUUUUUUAAUGGUCGUUUGCUAAAAUACAGAUCAGAUUACAUGCCUAGAUGAUGUAGGGAAACUCUGUAUAUGUAAUCUCAUCCUUUUAGCAGAUUAUUGGGACUUUAUGCCAUGUGACGAUUUAUAAAACGGAAUAUUCAUGCACUCAAUUCUCCUGUAACGGACAAAGAAAAACCUUUUAUAAAAUGUCAGUGGCGCGUUCCUUCACUCGGUAGUACCGUGUAUAGCACCUGACAGGUUGUCUCAUUGACUCUGUGCUACUUAGGAACUUUCUAAGAAGAGGAUACUAUUUCUAAACUCACAGUGAAAUUCACUGCACUUAACAACAUUGUUGUAUUAUGUUAACUAUGACUUUUUUUUUAGUUUGGUCAGUUUCCCAGCAACCGAAACAUGGGACUGGGCAGAAAACUGGACCAGCUCAUGGAUUUAUAAUUUAUCCAUCCCUGCAUAUGAAAAGAUAAAAUAUUCAUAGAAAAGAAACUUGUGAAAUCUUAUUCAGUAAUCAGUAAAAUCUGGGAAGCUGAA